GUUGGAGCAGUUAGCGCCCGUGGGGCUGUAGCAUCUUCUUGUCGUCUCUCUUGAAGCGCAGGGCUUCUCCCGGUGGCGCUGUGGGUUCGGAGGGUCGGCCGCCAAGCGCAGGUUUCCUAAAAGAAAAAUGGAGGAAUCAGUCAACCAAAUGCAACCACUGAAUGAGAAACAGAUAACCAAUUCUGAAGAUGGAUAUGUAUGGCAAGUUACUGAUAUGAAUCGACUACACCGGUUCUUAUGUUUUGGUUCUGAAGGUGGGACUUACUAUAUCAAAGAACAGAAGUUGGGCCUUGAAAAUGCUGAAGCUUUAAUUAGACUGAUUGAAGAUGGAAGAGGAUGUGAAGUGAUCCAGGAGAUAAAGUCAUUUAGUCAAGAAGGCAGAACCGCAAAGCAAGAGCCUAUGCUCUUUGCACUUGCCAUUUGUUCUCAGUGUUCCGACAUAAGCACAAAACAGGCAGCAUUUAAAGCUGUUUCUGAAGUUUGUCGCAUUCCUACACAUCUCUUUACUUUUAUCCAGUUUAAGAAAGAUCUGAAGGAAAGCAUGAAAUGUGGCAUGUGGGGUCGUGCCCUCCGGAAGGCUAUAGCAGACUGGUACAAUGAAAAGGGGGGCAUGGCCCUUGCUCUGGCAGUUACAAAGUAUAAACAAAGAAAUGGCUGGUCUCACAAAGAUCUGUUAAGACUGUCACAUCUUAAACCUUCCAGUGAAGGACUUGCUAUUGUGACCAAAUACAUUACAAAGGGCUGGAAAGAAGUCCAUGAAUUGUAUAAAGAAAAAGCACUUUCUGUGGAGACUGAAAAAUUAUUAAAGUAUCUGGAGGCUGUAGAAAAAGUUAAACGCACAAAAGAUGAACUGGAAGUCAUUCAUCUAAUAGAAGAGCAUAGAUUAGUUAGGGAACAUCUUCUAACAAAUCAUUUAAAGUCUAAAGAGGUAUGGAAGGCUUUGUUACAAGAAAUGCCUCUUACUGCAUUACUAAGAAAUCUAGGAAAGAUGACUGCUAAUUCAGUGCUUGAACCAGGAAAUUCAGAAGUAGCUUUAGUAUGUGAAAAACUGUGUAAUGAAAAACUGUUAAAAAAGGCUCGUAUACAUCCAUUUCAUGUUUUAAUUGCAUCAGAAACUUAUAGAACAGGUCAUGGUCUCAGAGGAAAACUAAAGUGGCACCCUAUUGAGGAAAUUUUGAAAGCUCUAGAUGCCGCUUUUUACAAAACAUUUAAGACAGUGGAGCCAACUGGAAAGCGUUUCUUACUGGCUAUUGACGUCAGUGCUUCUAUGAACCAGAGAGUUUUGGGUAGUGUCCUCAAUGCUAGCACAGUUGCUGCGACGAUGUGCAUGGUUGUCAAACGAACAGAAAAAGAGUGUUAUGUAGUUGCUUUUUCAGAUGAAAUGGUACCAUGUCCAGUGACUACGGAUAUGACAUUACAACAGGUUUUAAUGACCAUGAAUCAGAUCCCAGCAGGUGGAACUGAUUGCUCUCUUCCAAUGAUCUGGGCUCAAAAGACAAACACAGCUGCUGAUGUCUUCAUUAUCUUCACUGAUAAUGAGACUUUUGCUGGAAGUGUCCAUCCUGCUGUUGCUCUCAGAGAGUAUCGAAAGAAAAUGGACAUUCCAGCUAAAUUGAUUGUUUGUGGAAUGACAUCAAAUGGUUUUACCAUUGCAGACCCAGAUGAUAGAGGCAUGUUGGAUAUGUGUGGCUUUGAUACUGGAGCCUUAGAUGUAAUUCGGAAUUUCACAUUAGAUGUGAUUUAACCAUAAGCACCAGCAUGAUAUCAGAGGUCCAUUGCCAUCAGUGAUCUCACUAAAAAUAUGUAGCUACUUCCCAGCUAAUCUUAAUCCAAUGAAAGAUGAUGAUAGUAUAGUAUGUGCAUAAUGGAAAAUUUACCUUGCCAAAAAAGAAAAGAAAAAGAAAAAGAUGAGCCCAAAGUUCUUUCUGUCUGCUAAACUAGCUCUUGGGAAAUAGCUUCAGAAUACACUAUAGCUCCCUCUUUCUAACAGAGAACUCCUUGUUGAUAGACACUGUAAAAUAACCAGUUUUGCUAUGGUGAAUAAUCUCAUUUGUACUUAAGAGAAGUGAGAGCCAAAAGUAAGUAGUUCUAUAUCAUGUCACUUGUUUGAAAAGUGCUUGAAGUUUUCUUAACUGCAUUGGGAAAGGACAGCUGUGACAAUGUCCAAAUACUCUGAAAUGCACUGGACCAUGUAACUGUGAUGGAAUAUCAAAUUCAUCUGUAAAUUUUUAUACCAAGGGGUUUUAAAAAAAAGAUUAAAUUAUGAACACAUUUUUACAAAUUCCUUGGAGUUUUCUAAGAUCACAUAAAUAGCAGCUUUCUUACUCAAUGAAAAAGAUACUUUAAAUCUGAUAUUUUAUUUACACUUGUAGGAUUGUUACAUUAACCAGAAAAAGAGUGGAAAACCCCUGAGAAAAGACACUAAAGUUCGUGUCAGCUGAGGAAGUCUGUUUGGUUUGCUUUUUGUUUGUUUUGGUGCAUUUUAUUGCUGUGAGUUGGGGCAUGACUUGACAGUUUGUGCUGAAAUACAACAACAUAGCCAUGUGUAGCCACACUUUUUCUUUUUUUUCAUAGUCUUAACAAACGUAAACAACAAACUGUUUUAAGCAUUUAACUCCCCCACUCAUAAAUAUGAAAAGUAUGAUAAUUAAAAUCUCAGCUGUAACCAGAUUAGCUUUUUCCUUACUUUAAAUAUUCUAAUUACCUUUAACUAUUUUUUUAACCAGUUGUAAGUGGGUUUUAGAUAUUUCCUAAUUGUAAACAUGUCAGUGACAUAUCUCUGUCCAUUAUUCAUUUGUGGCAAGACAUUCUUUUUUGAUAUUUUAAAAAAUAAUAAAGCAAGCUAGGUCUUUCAUAUUUGAAAGGCAACUUUUGAGUAACAUUACCACUAACCAGUCUGUAAGAAAAUUUUUUUUCUAUUUUACUUGUUGUGUAUAUUAAACUUCCUUUUCAUUUACACUAAAGUGCAUUAUUUUCUUGAGCAAAUGUCCUUCUUUCUGGGGAGGUUUAACAUACUGAAAUUCCAAUAUAUUUGCUCAUAAUUAUAUUAUGGUUAUUUAAGAUAACAUAAAAUUUCAAUUUUUUUGUAUUCUUUUCCUAAUAACUAAUAAUUUACUGAAGGAUUUAUAAAGCCCUUCUCAUUAUCAUAUGAAAAGUCAAACUGGUAAAUGUAAAUUAUAACCUUCUGUGUGGUUAGGAGUCAGAGGUUUUGUUUUGAGGGCAAAAGAGGACUUGAAUUUGUGAAGAUACUUUAUGUUUCAUAAGAAAUUUGGGUCUGGAAGUGACAAGAAAAUGCCCCUUUCAGACUCAUUAACAAUGCUGGCUCUGCUAUGAGCCAUUCCUUCAAGGCAACUAGUAGCAAUUUGUAAAUGUUACGAUAUUUACCUGAGAUUUUUUUGUCAACAAGGUAGUGUGUGGGUACCACCACCCUUGUACAUUGCUUCAGACAUCAUUCUGUUUUUUGGCCCUCUGUCAAGCAUUGGAUGUAAGGUAUUAGCUACUUUUGAUAACAUUAAAAUAUGUUCGGAUUGAAUUUAAAGUUUAAAGAGCCUAGUAAAAUCCUGUAAUAGUUUUUGAAGUUUCUAAGUAAACCCAAGAUCUUAAAAAUUAUAACACGAUCUUUUUAUUCCUAAUAGAAAUGUUAAUUGGAAUAUAGCAUAAAGGUAUAUUUCCUUCAGUUAUGUACUUCUCCUAUAGUGCUUUUAGAUGUUCACAAGUCAACCAGUCCAUCAGAGAAGUAAGAUUAGAUGUGACCGUUUUGAAGAUUUACGUACAUCUAGUUAAAUGGAUUAGGGUAAGAUUUAAAGAAGAAAAAAAUCUGAAAUUUAAAAGGCGAUUUUUAAUGUAGGUUAGGGACCCAAGGUCUAAAAGAGUAUGGCUUUGGAGCACUGGAUCUACCAAUCUUGGGCUCUUCAUUCCCAUCCAGAAUUCAUCUCCCCACAGAAUGGGAAGACAUGGACUCACAAGAGUAGGUGGUGAAAUAAAAUUAUUCAAAACCUUUAUCUUUUUAGGUAUUAGGAAAUAAUGUAUCUACAUGAUUGCUUUAGGAGUAGCAAAACAGAUUGUGAACAUGUAUGCUUUUCUGAUUCAUAGUAAUCCUCAAUUACAAUUAAUAUCUUAACAACCUGUGUUGCUAUAUAAAAUAUAGCCCUAUAGAAAAGAUUUUUAAAACUUCACCUUAUUAUGUUGAAGUGAUAAAGAAGUUUUAUUUUCUGAAUUUUAGGAUUAUUGCUACAUUAAUAUUUAGGGAGCUAUUGCUUUAAAAACAAUUCUAAGAAAAAUAAACUUUAUUUCCUAGAAAAUAUGUAAAUAUUUUCAGGAUAUAGUUAAAAUUAGUGAAACAAAGCUAAUCUUAUACUCUUCCUUAUUUGUUGAAACUUCUUGAAAAUGCAAUUUAUUAACAGUUAACAUAUUAUUUAGUUUAGUCACUGUUUUAUGGAAACAUUAGUGAGGAAGAUACUAGUGAAUGGAAUUUAGUAUUACCCCUCUAGAACCUCUUGCUUAUCUUACUUUGGGGGAUUGUAGACAACCAGUUUAACCUUCAAUUUUGUUAUCUUUGAAAUGUAACCUAUCUGGAUGCUGGGCUCUUAGAAGAAUCAGUGAUUUAAUAUCUGUAUAAAAGUUUAAAUUAGGAGGAGGACUUGCAAUACAAAUUAGAAUUUUUUAAAUUAGAAACAUUGUUAAUAGACGAUACAUGGUUCAAAUGAUAAAAUGUUUUCAAAUAACCAUUCAGUAGGCUCAGUAAUUAAUUAAAACAUUCCUAUUCUGAGUGGGAAUAGGAAGAAAAAUGUUUACAGUGAAGGUGAGUAUUUUUGACUAAAGUCACUAUUGUGUGAUCAAGAGAAAGUAACACAUUCCAAGUUUUAACAUCCAUUUGGAUAUAAUCUUAUACUUAUCUAAAUGAAGAAACACUAUUAAUAAGCAUUUGGUUAACCUUUUAAAAUAACAGGUAAAUCUACAAAUGAUUAUCAUCAUAUCAGGAUUUGUCCUCAUUUUUGGAGAUUUUGCAAAAAACAUAUAAAAUUAUUUUGGAAAUUUAAGGUAAAAUUCCUGAAUAAAUUGGAGGAUCUGACAAGUGAAAAAAAAUUUAAAAGCACAUCUAAACAAUAAUUAAAAAGAAAUCAUUGUGAUCACUUAUUGGACUUAGCCUGAUUUAACCUAAAGAUUAUAUACCCACAGAUAAAAAUUUCUUAAAAAGUGGUGCCCUUAGAGUAAGUUAUCAAAAAGGAAAAAUUCUAGACUUACAUUUCAUAGGUUUGGGGUGAUUUGUUAAGGCAAUAUCCCCUCUAGAGAAAUGUUCUAUAGCCUCAAUAUAAACAUGCACAAGGAAGAAUUGGGGAAAAAGCUAUGAAUUUAGUUAUAUAUACUGUACAGAUUUUAUUUAGCAUUUCCCUAUUAUUUGCUUCCUAAUCUUCCUUGUUGGAAGAUUAUACCUUGUUUUUUUGUUUGUUCAUUUUCUUAAAAUUACUUUAUUCUGACAUUUUUGUCUUCUGUUUCUAACCUUACCUCAGUAAUAAAAUGAAUGACAGGAAAAUCACCCAUAUUCAAAGUUGGGAUGAAUCUCUUUGCACAUUUCAGAUCACAUUUUUCAAAUUAAUAAUAGGCAGAUCUCUUGAAACAAUAAUUGGAUUAAUUUAUUUUCUCCCCAAUCAAAUUCUAUUAUAUAUCUUUUGCAUUAGAUGGUUGCAAAAAUUUUGUGGCCUUUAAGUAAGUUUAUUCAGUCUUUGUUUGCAAUUCUAGAUCUACUUUGCUCUUAGAAAACUAAUUAACUGAAUACUCAGAAUAGCAUAUCUCGUGUUCAUAUUUCCAUAUAAGAACCACUUUCAAAUCUUUCAUCUACUAAGUACUUAACUGAGCUUAUAUAUACAUCAUUUGUGGUGUACAAGAGCCUGUCAAUAACUUGUAUUCACAUUUAAUAUUUUUUAAUUGGUAAGUUUUUUGCUUUUGAAAAAUUAAGUUAAUUUAAAAAUUCUAUGGCAAUAUUUUUUCAUGUAGAAAUCUAAUAUAGAUAGUUAAGCAUAUGUUUGAAUAAAGUUAUAAUAAAUAACACAUUUUCCUAAACCGUGAGAGUUUCAAAUUAUAUUGGAAAUUGGUAGAAAUAAAAACUAGAGAAGUUGCAUUGCAAAAUUCUAUUACUGAAACUAAGGUGAUUAUUUUCAAUGAUUAUAAAUUACAUAAAUACAAUGAAAAUACACAAAAGCUGUUUCUGAGCCUACAGAGAUUUUUCCCUUUGCUUUUUAAUUUAGCACCACCAUAUGUCAUAUUAAUUUUAUGAACACAAGUGAUACUAAAUUUUAAAAUAUAUUUAAGACUUCUGUACUUUUAGAAGUUAUCAGAAAACUGAACAAAAGAACUAGUAAGUUAGCUGUAUUUCUGCUGGUUUAACUUAAUGAACACUUGGAUUGUUAAGAAUAGUAAAUAAGGUAAAGCCUUGCUAUUUUAUGUAUCAAUCCCACAUAUAAUUGAUAGAAUAUUGGAACUUUUGUUUAAAUACAGUUUUUAUUUGCAGUGUAAACUUUAGAAUACAUAUACACCCAAAUAAAGUUUAAAUUAUUAAACAACUAAUGAAUU